AUGGCUGACAAAAUCCACCCUUCGUCCAAACAAUUCACCGGAAAACCUAACCCUAACUUUCCGGCGAGUAAACCUCGUCCAGUCUACCGUCCUCAAGCCCUCCGCAACCGCCGGAGCUGCUGCUGCCGUUUCUGCCUCUGGAUCACCGUCCUUCUCCUCGUUCUAAUCCUCAUCGCCGCCGCAGCCGGCGGUGCGUUCUACGUACUCUACCGUCCACACCGGCCGUCGUUCGCCGUUACAUCGCUUCAGGUCGUUCAAUUUAACCUAACGUCAUCGAAUCAGCUAAACACGAAGUUUAACUUCACCGUAACCGCCCGAAACCCUAACAAGAAGAUAACGUUCGGAUUUGAUUCGGUUUCGGUUGCGAUUGACUCGAACGGAGUGGAUGUCGGUCACGGAUUGAUUCCGGCGUUCGUGAUGCCGAAGAAGAAUGUUACGAGGUUGAGGACGGUUGUGGCGGCGAACGGGCGGAGUGUGGAGGAUAGUAGCGGUUUGAAAUCGGAUUUGAAAAGUAAGAAGAGUGUUCCGGUGGUGAUUCGGCUUGAUACCAAGGUUAAGGUGAAGGUCGGAAGCUUGAAGACGAAGAAGGUGCCGAUUCGGGUUGUUUGUAAAGGGGUUCGGGUUACGCCACCCGUUGGUAAAGCGGUGACUACUGCGAGUAGUGAUGACGUGGAGUGUGAGGUGGAUGUUCGGAUUAAGAUUUGGAAAUGGACUAUUUGA